GCGUGGACUUCCGAACGUUCCGCCGGCGCGCGAAAAACGCAGGACUACGGACAACAAAUCCCGCGCAGUGACCGCUUAACAACCCAGCCCCAACAAGAAAAAUAAAAAAGAAAUAAAAUAAAAAACAACAAGAAUCAGCAAGAAGGAAAGGGAUAGUCUUUGCGCAGAACAUCUGAGAACAUCAGCAGGAGGAGGCAGUGCGAGGAGCGGCGGCCGGACGGCGACAUGCAGCACUACGGGGUGAACGGCUACUCCCUCCACGCCAUGAACUCCCUGAGCGCCAUGUACAACCUCCACCAGCAGGCUGCGCAGCAGGCCCAGCACGCGCCCGACUACCGGCCCUCCGUGCACGCGCUCACGCUGGCCGAGAGACUGGCUGACAUCAUUCUGGAGGCCCGCUACGGCUCCCAGCACCGCAAGCAGCGUCGCAGCCGCACGGCCUUCACGGCCCAGCAGCUGGAGGCCCUGGAGAAGACCUUCCAGAAGACGCACUACCCCGACGUGGUGAUGCGCGAGCGGCUCGCCAUGUGCACCAACCUGCCCGAGGCUCGAGUCCAGGUGUGGUUCAAGAACCGCCGUGCCAAAUUCCGCAAGAAGCAGCGCAGCCUCCAGAAGGAGCAGCUCCAGAAGCAGAAGGAGGUGACGGAAGGGUCGUCGGAUGAGACCAAAGGGGAGACGACGACGGCGGCAGGAGCGUCCGAGGCUCAGACGCCCCCCUCGUCCGCCUCUUCCUCCUCCGAGACGGAGCGCCCCCAACAUCCCCUGCCGGCGGAGCUGAGCGUGGAAGUGAACGUCACCUCAGCCGAGCAGUCGGGCAGCGAGUCGGCAGCGGAAGACAACACGGACAAGGAGGAGGAGCUCAAGCAGCUCAGGGAGGAGUCCAAGGGUGACAAAGCUCUGUUGCCUGGCAACAAGUCCCCAUCCUGCAAACGUCUGAGCCCCAAACCAGAUUCUCCACUGGGCUCCCCCACAGUCCCGUCCUCUAGUGGCGUGAGCAGCGCCAUUGCCCAGAGUCACUCGUACUCCUCCUCCCCGCUCAGCCUGUUCCGCCUUCAGGAGCAGUUCCGGCAGCACAUGGCUGCCACCAACAACCUCGUGCACUACUCCUCCUUCGACAUGGGAGCACCUUCCUCCAUGCCCUAUCUGGGCAUGAACGUCAACAUGCCCGCACCGCUUGGCUCUCUCCCCUGCCAGCCCUACUACCAGUCCCUGUCCCACGCCCAGCAAGUCUGGAACAACCCGCUUCUGCAAGCCUCCGGUGGCCUCCCCAGCCUCAACAGCAAGACCACCAGCAUCGAGAACCUGCGCCUCCGCGCCAAGCAGCACGCUGCCUCCCUGGGCUUGGACACGCUGCCCAAUUGACACCCCAAGACUGUGCCCUAGCCGGCAGCCAGUCCCCACCCUGUCCCGAACUGCCCCGUGCACAACACCCGCUUUGUCUUGUUUUUGGUUCCUGUCCGCAGCCGUGACCACGCCGCACAUAAGUCCAACAGUCGGGUCCAGGACACUUUCCAUCCUGAGCUUAACCUCUUAACCUAAAGGCUUGCGCCAUUCCGCACGACAUCGGGAUUCUACGCUCACCCCGUUCAUCUGGCACAAAACCCGUCCCACAGCUGACCGGAAAUUUGCUGCAUGUCAAGGACACUCCAAGAGCACCACCGGAGAAGAUGCAGUCCAACUUCAAAAAAAGAAGGAGCUCAAGCAUUUUCCUUUUAGCCAUAGAGCUGGUCGGUUGCCAUGUUUUGAUUCAGGCUGGCGUAGCGAAGACGUCUGCUCUGGAGACGGACUUUCGGUAAACGCAGACGGUCGCUGUCCAUCAAGCUCGUCGCCAGCAGAUCAUUUCCUCUGACUGUGCUGGACCACAAAACCAGGCCUUACUAACAACCUCCUCUGCUUUGUACAUAGCCUGCCCUGUUUGUUCAACCUUCCCCGGUUAGUGAGUAUCAGCUAGAGUUGCCUUCCGUGAAGAACGUAUUUCCACGUUUUAAAUUUGUGCACCACUGUAAAAUAAGGAGGAGAAAAAAAAAAAAAAAGGAGUUUUCUUGGUUUUACUCUUGAAACUCUUGCGAAGACUCUUGGACAAAAACCUAAAGACUGACAUCAUCUGAAAAAGUCAGAGGUGGGCUAAUUUCCAAUACCGUUACUCUGAGGUGUGAGUCAAACAGCCUACCUUGCAUACGCAUUGAAUUUGUAAUUGUAAAUCCAAGCCAUGUAUUUCUUGAUUGUUUAAUUAAAUGUGACUAAUUUAUCUGUUUUAUGGCCAGGAUUAUAACCACUUAUAUGGAGAAUGACUUGAUAAUGAGAAAAUGAUUUCCAGUUAUUAAAUGUGCAAGCCGUUAAUUACAUUUUGCCUGGGGCGACAGCAGAUUAUUUUAUAAUAACUGUGUCGUUAUAAAAAAAGGCUGUGCAUAACUUCCGAGUUCCACUUAAAUUUUCAGGACAAAAUGAAUCGAGGGACGAGCAGUCCGCAAGGCCGGCUCCAGCGCCGAUGCCACCGAGCAACCGAUUCGCUGCUGGACUUAAGCACAUGAAAACUUAACUCGGUUCACUUCAGCAUUUUUCUUUUUUUUUUUCUUUUUUUUUUGACCGCGGUGUGAGUAAAUUGUGAAUUUAAGUCUUGUACGAAUAUUAUGAACAUACACGGUCCCAGGAGUUCUGUCCAUCAUCCUCCAAGGCUGAAGGGGACAUGAAUGCAGCCCUUUUCCCAGAGAAAAGCACUUCCAGGAACCGGGACAUGUCCUCUUACGCCAGUUCUAUGUCCGUUUCUCCUUGUAGAG